GUCCGCAUCUUUUGCUCAUUGAGUCAUCUCCUUCAAACUGCCAUUCUCACUCUCCUUCCUUCCCAUUUUGCAACAAUCUUUGCUUACUUACUCUAGUAGAAAUCUAAAACCAAUAUGCUCAGAUAUUUAAUGUUUUUUGGAUUUGUUCUAGUUUCUACAGUUGAUGGCAUAUUCUCAGAUGCAUAUGUUGAUAUGAGAUUUUUAUUGGAGACCGAGAAGGAAUGUGUAUUUUUUGAAGUUCAUCAGCCUCAUUCUCAAAUGGAUAUUUCUGUUUCUGCAUUGAAUUCAGAAUAUCAUCUAUCUGUUGAAUUAUUUAAUCCAUCUGGAUCUUCAACAUUCAAAACUCCAAAUAAUGGAAAACAUUAUUUUAAAUUUCCUGAAGUUGAUGGAACUUUUCACGAAAUUGGAGAUUUUCAAUUAUGUGUCUCAAGUCGACAAGUUAGGCAAUCUGUUCAGGUAAACCUGAUAAUUGUAAUUCAUGAAAAGAAUGCCAAUAACAUUGACGUGGCAUCGAAUCUUAAAAGAAUUCAAACUAACCCUUCCUAUGACGAAACAAAAAUGACAUUGAAAACUUUUGAACAAAUCACUCUCAAUAUUGAUGUAAAACUGAAAAUAAUGAAGACCGAGCAAGCAAAGCGAGCUUUUGUGGAAAAAAUUGAUCGUCAACAUAUUGAGACAGCAUUCGAGAUGAUCAAUUUUUGGCACAUAAUGCGAGUUUGUCUAGUUUUCUUCAUUGCUGGGUUUCAAGUUCACGCAAUAAGAACAUUACUUUCUACGAAAUAAUCGACCACUACUGUUCCUAUGCGAAAAUUGGUCAAAUUAAUCGGGUCUCUGUUGAAUAUUAACAUAUUGAAAAACAUUUGAAAUACAUUUGAAAUAUAUUCUGGAAUACAUUUGAAAUAUAUUCUGGAAUAUCUGAAAUAUAUUCUGGAAUAUAUUUUGGAAUAUAUUCUGAAAUAUAUUCUGGAAUAUCUGAAAUAUAUUCUGGAAUAUAUUCUGAAAUAUAUUCUGGAAUAUAUUCUGGAAUAUAUUCUGGAAUAUAUUUUGGAAUAAAAAAUAGAUUGUUACACGAAAAA